UGACAUAUGCAAAUCCGCGAAUUGUUUUGAAUGUUUUUGUUGGAAACAUCAACAAAACGAACAACGAUUUCUUUUUAAUGUACGCGUAUUAUGAUGUCAAGGUCUAAAAAGCAACAAGAUAUGGUCGAAAGUGAUUCAGAUUGGGACAGUCUUCCUGGGGACAUAACGGAACCAAGAUCCAGUCCUGAACCUAUGAAAUCCCCCUCACCCAGAGCACCAACCCACUCCCCUGCCCCCCCUAAACAGCCAUAUUCAAAGCAUCACACAUCAACAAAACCGUUUGAUAUGUACAAGAACUCCUCUACCACUAUUCAGAAGUCCGGCAGCGCUACUACAUUCCAGGACAAAACUAGUGGUCUUUGGAAUGAUGACGAUAAUAAUGAAGUCCAGGUGUCGUUUUCAAAAGAGGACAACAACAAUGUUAAAAAGAACAAACAAAUUAUUAGAGAUGAUUCAACAGCGAAGAAUGUUAACAAACAGGAGGGAAAUAAGGAACCACCAUUUACGGAUUUCAGAGAAGCCCUGAGCUCACCAGCCCCAACUGCAUCAAGUCCUAGAGAGCAACACAAAAUGGCUGGAGUUAAUAAAGCCUACAAAAUCGAGACAGGGGACGAAACAGGAGGCAAUCGUGACUCCUGGGACGAGAGUGAUGACAAUCGGUCUCCACCACUACAACAAAACUUUAAACCUGCAAUGAGAGCAUGCAACAGCUUUAGUUCAAAUGCAACGAGAAUGCCAGUAGAAAUAUCUAUGGAAACAACACUUCCGGAAACGAAGCCACCCAAAAAGACAAUGAUUAGAAAUGACGUUAUUGAAGUUCCCUGCAGUGGAAAUUAUCAUCUUGCCACAACACAGAAUUUAGAGAAUUGUUGUUUGAUUCAAGUUGCUGAGGGAGCCUUUGAUGACAGACAUCGACCUUCCUUUUUCCACGGGAGCAAAAAUCAUUUUCACAUCAAGGAAGACAAUCCUCGACCAGCUAUUACGGACAUUGCAGAUAAAUCCGAGAUGGUCUUUCAAAGAUUGUGGCGUGAAGUCUUUGGCGUUCUUCAAAUUCUCCUUAACUUCUUCAUAAUAUUCAUACUGGAAUUUUUCAAAACAAUUCUUCAAAGUGUUCGCUACUUGCUCAUGGGAAUUCUGUACACAACAGGCGAUCAAUUUAUAAAGCCCGUUCUGGCAGCUGUUUUCAAUAACAUUAUUCAGCCAGUCUCUGUGUUGCUGUUGAACGUCUUUAGUAUAGUCACGAACCUGCUCCAACCAAUCCUGGCGUUGACUCGUGAAGUGCUAAGCCAAGUUGCAAUACCACUGCAGGCUUUUAGACUGUUUGUCUUCAACUGGGAUCACAGAGGAAGAGAGGAGAGUUACAGAAGAGAUAUAAAAAUAGUUUAAUUCAGAGUAUGUCAGAGGAAGUUGAAAAAGGGUAGUGUUGACAUGGGAGUUGCAUCUCAUAAACUCUUAUAUGCCCACAAAAAGGUUUCAUGUCACUGUGAAAAACUGUGACACUGCCAUGUUAUUGUUCUUUAAAGGAACAUAUAAAUGUUUCUAUCAUAUUUGCAUUUUGCAAUACAAUAGAGUAUUUUCAGUUUGAAUUUGCAAUAGAAUUAUAAAAUAUUAUAAAAGAAAACACAAAAAGAACUACUAUGGAACUAUUACUUAACAUAGUUACUGUUGUAAUAUUUCUAGAAUAUUUAUAGAU